UUCAAUUUUUCUUGCAUGCAUGCAUGAGAUGAGCCAUUGGAUUUCGAAUUGCGGUCAUCUCCAUAGGAACUUCCAGUUCGUUUUUUCGUUUUUCGUGCUACAAAAGAUUGUGUUUUAUCCUACAAGCAGACAAAAUGGAUAAAGAAACUAUCGUUCUACAGCGCAAAUUGGAAUCCGAGUUGAAAAACUACAAAGAUGCCCAGAAAGAAUUCAACAAACUUGUUCAGCAACAACAACUCCUGGAUGGGCAAUACAAUGAAAAUAAGAACGUUUUAGAAGAACUGCAGCUGUUGAAGCCCACCAACACAGUGUACAAACUGUACGGGCCAGUUCUGGUGAAGCAAGAGCUGGAAGAAAGCAAGCAGAAUGUGGCAAAACGUAUUGAGUACAUUAAUAAGGAGCUGAAAAAAUGCACGGAAAACAUCGCCAGCCUGGAGCAGAAGCAAGACAAGUAUCGGGCAAACUUGCAGAAGCUACAGCGCCAGUAUCAAAGCCAGAUUGCGCUAACGAAGCCUUGAGGACACACGCCCCGGAAUGCGCUUUUAAUAUCGUUUCGCUUAUAAACCUAUUACUAUUAGGAUAAAUUAUUAUCGAUCCAUUUGUAACUAAGUAAUGGUAAUACACUAAUAUUGUAUCGAAGCAGUAAA